AGUGAGGAAGAUGAGAGCCGAGUAAGCCAACAGACAUCCCCGUCCCGAACUCUCCCUCCUCCCCACCAUGAGCCACGUGGAAGGACCGCCAGAGGUGGAGGUGAUUGAUGAGCCAGGCAGUGGAGAAUCGGGAGAAGUCAACGAAUCCGUGGAAGCCGACCUGGAGCACCCAGAGGUGGAGGAGGAACAGCGGCCGCGGCAGCAGCCUCAGCCCCAGCCCCAGCAUGCCGUCCCCUACUCUCGCGGCCCCGCCCGAGGGGAGCGCGGUCCCCUGCCCGUCCAGGGGCCGGAGGAGGAGGACCGAGGGGGCUCGCUGGCCCGCUCGGCCAGCACCGAGAGCGGCUUCCACAAUCACACGGACACAGCAGAGGGGGAUGUGAUCGCUGCGUCGGGUGAGGACGGCUACGAUCCCGAGCGGGGCCAAGAGAACGAGGACGAGAGCGCCUACGCCGUGCAGUACCGGCCUGAAGCUGAGGAGUACACGGAGAACGCCGAGGCUGAGCAUGCGGAGGCCGCCCAUCGCCGGAGCCUGCCCAACCACUUGCACUUCCACUCGUUGGAGCACGAAGAGGCCAUGAACGCCGCGUACUCGGGCUACGUCUACACGCACCGACUCUUCCACCGCGGCGAAGACGAGCCCUACGCGGAACCCUACGCGGACUACGCGGGGCUGCAGGAGCACGUGUAUGAGGAGAUCGGGGACACUGCAGAACUCGACGGCCGCGACGGCUUGCGACUGUACGAGCAGGAGCGCGAGGAGGCAGACAACUACCGCAAAGAGGCGCUCGGGGCGCGCCUCCACCACUACGACGAGCGCUCGGACGGCGAGUCAGACAGCCCCGAGAAGGAGGCAGAAUUCGCUCCCUACCCGCGCAUGGACAGCUACGAGCAGGAGGAAGACAUCGACCAGAUCGUGGCUGAAGUCAAGCAGAGCAUGAGCUCCCAGAGCCUGGACAAAGCCGCCGAAGACAUGCCCGAGGCCGAGCAGAACUUGGACAGGGCGCCCAGCCCGGACGGCGGCGGCGGCGGCGACGGCGACGGCAACGAAGGAGGAGGGGAGCAGGGGAGCCCAGGGCAGACCGCCCCUGUGGGACCCCGGUCCGCAGUCCAGGCGGGCGAGGCUGGGCAGCAGCGCUACAGCAAGGAGAAGAGGGAUGCCAUCUCCCUGGCCAUCAAGGACAUUAAAGAGGCUAUCGAGGAGGUGAAAACCAGGACCAUCCGUUCGCCUUAUACUCCAGAUGAGCCAAAAGAGCCCAUUUGGGUCAUGCGGCAGGACAUCAGCCCGACUAGGGACUGUGACGACCAGAGGCCAGCAGAUGGAGAUUCUCCAUCUCCUGAUUCUUCCUCUCCCCGGGGUGCUGAAUCAUCGAGCAGACAGCAUCAGCAAGAUGACCUGCCGGAAUCUUCCACUAAUAAAGAGUCAAGGAAAAGCUUGGCUUCAUUCCCAACAUACGUUGAAGUUCCAGGACCUUGUGAUCCCGAAGACUUGAUCGAUGGCAUCAUUUUUGCAGCCAAUUAUCUUGGCUCCACCCAGCUGCUUUCUGACAAAACCCCCUCCAAGAAUGUUCGAAUGAUGCAGGCACAGGAAGCCGUCAGCAGAAUCAAGAUGGCCCAGAAAUUAGCCAAAAGCAGAAAGAAGGCUCCUGAAGGAGAAUCCCAACCCAUGACAGAAGUGGAUCUCUUCAUCUCUACCCAGAGAAUAAAAGUCUUGAAUGCAGACACACAGGAAACAAUGAUGGAUCACCCUCUGAGGACCAUUUCCUACAUUGCAGACAUUGGGAAUAUUGUUGUGCUGAUGGCCCGUAGGCGAAUGCCCCGUUCCAAUUCCCAAGACAAUGUGGAAGCCUCUCAUCCAUCUCAGGAUGGGAAGAGGCAAUACAAAAUGAUCUGCCAUGUUUUUGAAUCUGAAGAUGCUCAGCUGAUUGCGCAGUCUAUUGGUCAAGCCUUUAGUGUGGCCUACCAGGAAUUCCUGAGAGCAAAUGGAAUCAACCCGGAAGAUCUCAGCCAGAAGGAAUACAGCGACUUGCUCAAUACUCAAGACAUGUAUAACGACGACCUGAUCCACUUCUCAAAGUCUGAAAAUUGCAAAGAUGUUUUUAUAGAAAAACAAAAGGGUGAAAUCCUAGGUGUGGUGAUUGUGGAAUCUGGCUGGGGAUCCAUCCUGCCGACAGUGAUCAUAGCCAACAUGAUGCAUGGAGGACCAGCUGAGAAAUCGGGAAAGCUAAAUAUCGGGGACCAAAUCAUGUCCAUUAAUGGCACCAGCCUUGUUGGGCUCCCUCUUUCCACUUGUCAGAGCAUUAUUAAGGGUUUAAAGAAUCAGUCUCGAGUGAAGCUGAACAUUGUGAGAUGCCCCCCAGUAACCACCGUAUUGAUCAGAAGACCAGAUCUCCGAUACCAGCUGGGUUUCAGUGUCCAGAAUGGAAUCAUCUGCAGCCUCAUGCGAGGAGGGAUAGCAGAGAGGGGCGGCGUUCGAGUGGGACAUCGAAUCAUUGAAAUCAAUGGACAGAGUGUCGUAGCCACACCUCAUGAGAAGAUUGUGCACAUUCUCUCCAAUGCUGUUGGGGAGAUUCACAUGAAAACCAUGCCAGCCGCCAUGUACAGAUUGUUGACGGCACAAGAGCAGCCUGUUUACAUCUGA